AUGAACAUCUCCCCAGCGAUGGCACCUUUGUCUCCAGGGCUGAGAAGGUUCUCCCCCUCUCUGGCUAAGGGCUCUUCCCAUCAGGUGAAACAGGCCUCGAGCUCCUUGAAUUCUCCCACCCCGUCCAUUAUGAGCUCCCCAAAACUCUGGCAGAAGGCAUCCAUAUCUAGACUCGCAGAGGAGUUUUUCUGGAUUGGUGGCAGCAUGGUUGCACAGCCCAAAUGGAGGCUGGGUCAGAUAGUGGAGAGGUGCAUGUGCACCAUGCAGAGUGGCACUCAGAUGACCAAACUGAAGGGGAAGAAGAAAGGACUGGUCAGAUUCUUUUACCUGGACGAGCACAAGUCCUGCAUCCGAUGGCGGCCCUCCAGGAAACAUGACAAGGCCAAAAUAACUAUUGAUUCCAUCCAUGAAGUCUGUGAGGGGAAAAAAUCUGAGAUCUUCAGGCGGUACGCAGACAACCGUUUCGACCCAAACUGCUGCUUCAGUAUCUACUACGGGGAGCGUGUGAAGUCCCUGGACCUGGUCUCCACCAAUGCAGAGGAGACCCGCACCUGGAUCACUGGGCUGAAAUACCUCAUGGCUGGUAUCAGUGAUGAAGACAGUUUGGCCCGGAGGCAACGCACCCGUGAUCAAUGGUUACAGCAGACUUUCUCUGAGGCCGACAAAAACGGAGAUGGCACGUUGAGCAUUGGAGAGGUUCACCAGCUGCUCCACAAACUCAAUGUGAAUUUACCCAAGCAGAAAGUCAGAGAGAUGUUUCAAGAAGCAGACACAGACGAGAACCAGGGCUCUCUGGGCUUUGAAGAAUUCUGUUCGUUCUAUAAGAUGAUUUCCACACGCAGAGACCUCUAUCUUAUAAUGAUCUCCUACAGCAAUCAGAAAGAAGUCUUGGAUCUCCACGACCUUGCACGCUUUCUGGAAAAUGAACAGAAGAUGCGAGGUCUGGCCAGAGAGCAUCUAGUUGACAUUGUGGCAAAGUUUGAGCCAUGUCCUGAGAACCUGCAGCGUUUGGUACUGGGUAUUGAUGGUUUCACCAACUACAUGCGGAGUCCUGCAGGUGAUAUCUUCAACCCCGAGCACAAUCAGGUGAACCAGGACAUGACGCAGCCUCUGUGUAACUACUUCAUUGCCACAUCACACAACACCUACCUGACAGGAGACCAGCUGAUGUCUCAGUCUAGAGUGGAAAUGUAUGCCUAUGUUCUCCAGGCUGGCUGUCGCUGUGUGGAGGUGGACUGCUGGGAUGGGCCGGAUGGAGAGCCCAUUAUCCAUCAUGGUUACACCUUGACAUCCAAAAUUCUCUUCAAAGACGUUAUUGAAACAAUUAACAAAUAUGCCUUCACAAAAUCACAGUACCCAGUGAUCUUGUCCAUAGAGAACCACUGCACUGUGCCUCAGCAGAAAAAGAUGGCUGAGUAUCUGAGAGAGGUGCUGCAGGACAAACUGGACCUGUCCAAUGUCAACGUGCACGAAUGCAAGAAGCUGCCCUCACCUGAGAUUCUGAAAGGGAAAGUGUUAGUCAAGGGAAAGAAGCUGCCAGCAAACGUAGACCCUGAUGCAGAGGAAGGUGAUGUGUCGGAUGAAGACACUGGUGACGAGGAAGAGGAGGAAGACGAUGAUGAUGAGAACCCACAGGAUGGGAAUAAUGUUACUUCUACCAAUCAGCCCAAAAAGAAGAGACGCUUUGGCAGAUCAAUCAUAAGGAGCUUCAGACGAAAGGGGAAAAAGAGAAUUCGAGUAAAAAAUAAGGUGAUGUCUGACAGAGAAUCAGACUACAGCAGCAGCAGGGAAAGGACCCAAAUUGUUUACCAUCCCAAGAAGAGGAAAACCAUGAGGCUGGCUCGACCUCUGUCCGACCUAGUCAAAUACACGAAAUCUGUCCGUGUGCAUGACAUAGAAACACAAGCAUUUGCGAACAGUUGGCAGGUAUCAUCCCUCAAUGAGACUGUUAUGAACCAGAUCUUACAACUGAAGCCGGGUGAGUUGGUGCGUUUAAACCAGCGCCAGCUUCUAAGGGUCUACCCAUCCAACUACAGAGUGGACUCAAGCAACUUCAACCCACAACCAUACUGGAAUGCAGGAUGCCAUAUGGUUGCGAUGAACUAUCAGACAGAGGGACGUAUGCUCGAACUGAACCGAGCCAAGUUCUCAAGCAAUGGAAACUGUGGAUAUAUCCUGAAGCCUAAGUUCAUGUGUAAAGCUGCCUUUAAUCCCAUGUUGGAGGAUCCUCUACCAGGACACAGAAAGACUCAGUUAGUGCUAAAGAUCAUCAGUGGACAGCAGCUUCCCAAACCAAAGGACUCGAUGUUUGGGGACAGAGGAGAGAUUAUUGAUCCCUUUGUGGAGGUUGAGAUUAUUGGUCUACCUGUUGAUUGUUCCAAGCAGCAGACCAGGGUGGUGGAUGAUAAUGGUUUCAACCCGAUGUGGGAGGAGACCCUCGUCUUUAAUAUUCAAAUGCCGCAGAUCGCCCUGGUGCGUUUCCAGGUGUGGGAUCAUGAUCCUAUUGGACGAGAUUUCAUUGGACAAAGGACUGUAGCUUUCACCAGUUUGAUGCCGGGUUAUCGGCACGUGUACCUGGAGGGGAUGGCGGAGUCGUCCGUCUUUGUUCAUGUCGCUAUCAAUGAUAUAACAGGAAAGAUCAAACCCUCAAAUGCGGUGCAAGCUGCCAGAAAACACAUCCAAAAAGCAGCUCAGAAGCAUAUGAAGGGUCAUCAAAGGCAGCCUUCCCUAGACUUCUCUGUCCAGUCCUCAGAAGACGGACGUGCUCUGUACUUCCGCAAGGAUCUGGAUACCAUCUCUCAGGACAGCAGGAAUGCGGAAAUGUCUCCUCUGGUGCAAGGGCCGGCAGCCAAGGCUGCCAUCCACAAAGGGGCCAUGAGUGAGCCAGUGAGGCGUGCUCACAGAGUUAAAAUUCAUGAACCACCCGAGACAAGGAGAGGGAUCUUCAGCCGGAUGUCCUCCACUGACUCCCACCACAUGGGGGCUGCUCCCUGUGCGAUAGCAGAUAGCUUUGACCUUGAAACCUCUUCCCAGGCCUCUUGUCCCGAUAGUCCUGCCCCUGACAGCCAAAAUCCAAUACGAGAAGAAAUGGAGAAUGAACUUAAUGAACCACCAGAGUCAAACUGUGCUGAGCAGGAGACAGUUCAGACAUUUGAACCAGAGCAGCCUGAGCCAUCAGUAGCACAAGAAUUGGCUAUUGAACCUGAGCGACCACCAGAAACCCAGAGUCGGACUGAUUGGCUCCCUCAGCCUCAGCCUCUGCCCCAGCCUGAAGCCAAAUCUCCUCCACUUAUCCCUCCAUCAUCCCCCGCCAGGGUGAGACGGACCUUAGAGGCUCUAGCCACCCACCGACCGUUCACCCCAUUACGUACAAAGGCCCGCUCACGCAGUUGCCCUCGAAAACAGACUACCUCUCCUCAGACACCGAUGGUGAACCGCAAACCUGCUUCACAGACGCAGCGAGCACAAAACUAUGGCAGCUACAGGAACCAGGUGAGACACAUACCCAACGGUCUCUGCCUGUCCGACAGCACGUCCAGCAGCAGCGGCGGCAGCACUGAUAGCCUGGAGUCUGUGCCCUCCUGUGUGCCUGCCAGCACGGAGCAGCGUGACAGCACCCUGCAGAGGGAGAUGAAGGCCCUUUUUGACCAGAAGAUGAGAGAAAUCCGCUGUAAGUCACCGCUUUUUCUAGAUGACCACAGUUUUAAUUAAUGACUCCAAAGACAACAAGCUCCUUCUGAGGACGCAGAAGACGAGCAACAACUACAACACAGAGGAGGUGUGGGAGGACAAACAUAGAUGAGGGGACAGAGUCACAAAGCAGUUCUGAUUUUCUUUCUAGAUGCAUGGGAAGACACGAAGCAGAAUUACACAAUUAGAGUGUUUUUAUUAUUUUAGGCCUGCUGUAAUGUUUACAAUCCACACUGUUGUAUUCAUGCUGCU